UGCAACACAACUGCUUGUCAGUUUAGAAGAGGCAGUUGAGGUAGCUACAGUGCUGUCGUAUCACUAGCCCAGAUGGAGAGACUUUUUGAGAACGUGAUAACGUUACUCAUGAUUCACUAGCAGGAAACCCAUAGAGCUGAAACGAGCUGAAACCGAUCACUGCCGCGAAGAGCAUAGCUAGCUACUUGCCGGCAGCACAUUUUACAGUUUGUCAGUCCCCCGAUCAUCCAGAAUUUACAUACUGCAGCGACUAGUAUAUUGGUUACUCCAGGAAUUGCUAAGACGUUAGAUAGCUGUAACCGAGCUUAUCUCGGCACAUAUACAGAACACAGAUCAAAAAAAUUCCUUCGGUAGUCAGCCAGCAAGUAUUUGGUGCUAUACUUUACAGUAUUUUAAGAUUCAAGGUUCAAGAGAUGACAGAGGGCAACAACAUGACUGAAAAUUUAUAUGAUGCAACAAAAGGCACCAUUUCUGCAGUGCCGGCUGAGGAGGACGAGAAGAAGGCAGUAGAGCGUCGCUUGAAUGAAGAGGAGAAGAAGGAGAAUGGGGACAGCAAGUUAAAGGUCCCCGAGACGGCUGAAAAAGAAUUCGAGCCCCCGGAGGGAGGUUGGGGAUGGGUGGUCAUGCUGGCUGCCAUGUGGUGCAACGGCUCGGUGUUUGGGAUCCAGAAUGCUUUCGGUAUACUCUUCGUGUCCCUGCUGAAGGAGUUCGGCUCCGAAAAUGAUGAAGACCUUAGGUUCAAAACAGCGUGGGUGGGCUCCCUGUCCAUGGGCAUGAUCUUCUUCUGCUCGCCCAUCGUCAGCAUCUUCACCGACCUGCUGGGCUGCAGGAUAACCGCCGUGGGCGGGGCCGCCGUGGGGCUGGUGGGACUGCUGGCCAGCUCCUUCGUCACGUCCCUGGGCCCCCUGUACUUCACCUACGGGAUCGUCUUCGCCUGCGGGUGCUCCUUCGCCUACCAGCCCAGCCUGGUCAUCCUGGGCCACUACUUUAAGAAGCGGCUGGGCCUGGUGAACGGCAUCGUGACGGCGGGCAGCAGCAUCUUCACCAUCACGCUGCCCUUCCUGCUGUCGGGCCUGCUGGAGAGCGUGGGGCUCCAGAACACCAUGCGCGUGCUCAGCAUCUUCAUGGUCAUCCUCAUGCUGGCCGGCUUCACCUACAGGCCCCUCCUCCCCACCGGCUCUCUCAGCAGCAAGCCCGGCCGACGAUGCCCGCCCAUGAGCAAGAUCUUCAACGUCAACAUCUGGAAGUCGCUGGGCUACCGGAUCUGGGCCUUCGGGAUCCCCGCCGCGCUCUACGGGUACUUCGUGCCUUACGUUCACCUGAUGAAACACGUGGAGGAGCAGUUCGGCAAGGACGCCAACAAAGAGGUCCUGCUCAUGUGCAUCGGCAUCACGUCCGGGGUGGGGCGGCUGAUCUUCGGCAGGGUGGCGGACUACGUUUCCGGGGUCAACAAGGUGUACCUGCAGGUGACGUCUUUCCUCGUGAUUGGCCUGAUGUCCAUGAUGAUCCCGCUCUGCAAAAUAUUUGGCGGCCUCAUCGCCGUCUGCCUGCUCAUGGGCCUCUUUGACGGCUGCUUCAUCUGCAUCAUGGCCCCCAUCGCCUUCGAGCUGGUCGGCUCCCAGAACGUGUCCCAGGCCAUCGGCUUCCUGCUCGGCAUGAUGUCCGUGCCCAUGACUGUGGGGCCACCCAUUGCAGGAUUUUUGAGAGACAGACUGGGCUCCUAUGAGGUUGCGUUCUACCUGGCAGGUAUACCCCCGAUCAUUGGGGGUGCCGUGCUCUGUACCAUCCCCUGGGUGGAGGCACGGAGGAAGAGGAGGGAAAAAGAAGCAGAGGCUGAUGCGAAGGCCCUGAACUACAACAAGAACAGCGAGACUCUAGAACACGACUCCGUCAUCUGAUCCCCCGCUUACCCACAUGCAUGUAAACACAGACAUAAAUUUAAACCUAUUUUAAUAAACUGCUGAAUAUGUUUAUAAUAUACAUCUAUAUAAAUAUACAUAUUCGCCUGUAUAUUUAUAUAUAUAAACAGUAUUUUAUGGCUGCUUUUGCAGAAAAAAAACUUAGGGAAAACGUAAUGUUACACUGUAUAUCAGUGAAAAGCAUACAGUAAUACGCAACUGAUUUAAAAAAAAAAAAAUGAAUGUGAUCUUAAAGAGCUAUGCAUUGGAACUCAGUAUUCCCAUUAAUUUCCUGGGUAUAGAAUAACCUAAAGAGUCAAAUAUUUCUUACAAGGGAAAGCACACUUUCUUUCCGGAGGCAUUUAUUUUUAGGCUGUGAGCACUUUGAUGCCUGCGGAGGAAACUGUGCGUUGAUGACUGAAUAACUCUGUCUUGAGAGUAGUUUGAAGCUUUCAAUCAGCAGUGGCCCAUAUUGCCAUCAUUGGCUUCAUAUAUACAUGUACAUAUCUCCCUCAUGGGUGUCCGGGGUUCAUCUGUACGAUAAAGAUUGAUAUUCUAUUUUCAUUGAAUGCAUACUCCUACUUGGAGCUUGUAAUCGUAUUUUAAAACAUAAAUAAUUCACUAUUUGAAAAUAAAACUCCAGGAAAGUGUUUGGUUGAACAUAUGAAGCACGCGCCGAGUAGAUUCAUGUCUUUACAUGGUUGACUGUGUGCCAUAAGAUACUUUCAUACAUCAAAUACUUUCCCAGGGGUCUCUAAUCCCAGAGAAAAACCCCAGGUGCCCUUGAAGAGAGAACAUAUUUUUGUAGCCAAAGAAAUAGAUAAUAGCUUUUCUGUCUCCAAUGCGUCUGGUUAAAUGUGACUAGUGUUGACUCUGGGAUCGGCCAUAAGUUGGGGUAAGCUAUUACCAAAUCCUAUUAGACUCCCUAAAAGAAAGGCACACUCUGCCUACAACACACCACUGAUAAAAACGUAGUAUCUCUAAUAUCUUUUGGAAGUCUGAUAAAUUGGUUUGCUCUAAAGCACAGCAUGAAGCAAUUGAUUGAGGGGCUGCCUAGAGAAUUCCAUUGCUGACUGAAAUUGAGAAAUUGAGAAACAAACUGCCUUUGGUUUUUAGGUGAAUCGAAUUUUAAAUAUGCAGGUUAAUAAGAUUUUCCUAAAGGUGCCAAGAUUGUGAGUGUGUGGAGACGUGAUGCGAUGUGACCCGGGCAUACAAUAUCACUUCAAAGAAGUGCAUUAUAACAUAGCGGGUGGGAAGGGUCAUUUAAAAAUAAUAUAAAAGUGGUAUUACAUUUUUUUUCUUCGUUUAAAAGGUGCUGGGACGCCUCAAGGGAGCAGCUUUUAGCAUAAUUGCGGCAUCUAUAGUAUCCCACACUUGUGAAAACUAGCGGGUGAUGCAUGCUGUCGCAAGUCUUCACCAGGCCUGUCUUAUAUCGAUACUUUUUAAUGUUGUCGAUCUUUUUUUUUUUUCCUGAGUUUCUGGAGUUGGCAAGUGUAGCUGACCUGACACAGAGGGAGUGGAAGUCCUCUUCAGUGUUAAACCAUUAUUACUACGGUAAUCUUUUACACACACAUUUUACUAGCAUUUGAGGUUGAGAUGUAUUUGUUUCUCUAUGCAACGCAAAUGUGAAAUAGAUUUUUGUAGGAAGCAAUGAAUAAGAUGAAUUAAUUCCAUUGUAAAAGUGGAUGUGGUCCUUAAGGUUUUAUUAAUGUAUUUUAUUAAUUUUAGCACAUAUCAAAAAGCCAGGAUUGGAUUACCAGCACCAUGGCAAACAUUAUUCAGGUUUAACUUCACUGACACAAAUGUGUCAACUAAUAUUUCCCACUAUUAGAAAAUUACAUUACUACAUCAGAAAUGUGAGCCAUGUUAUCCAUUGACUUUUUGUUCAGUUAUAUACAACAGAAAAUAGUGAAUUGACUCAUUCUAUUUAUAAUUGCAUGCAGUUUUUUUUUUUUUUUUUUUUUUUUAGUUUUCUGAGAAUUUAAAGAAGUACAGUUUCACAUAUUACAUUAAUUUAACUUAAUGCCAUAAUGGAUCUAUAUUUCUCUAUAGUUAUAUAGUUGAUGUACAGUUUAUCUGAUGGUCAAGUAUAUAAUAGUUUGCCUUUUAAAUGCUAGGGGUACCCUUGAAAUGCACAAAGAAGUUUAAUUUCAUAGGAAAGCAGUUUACUGUAUAGGAGCCAAAGUAUAGUGCUUUGGAAGUGUUUUUCCAGUUGUACCCGUCAAACUUCCCUCGAUUUGUCCAUCCAGAAAACCUGAUUAGGUUUUUUUUUUUUUCAAGCUUUUCACCAAAGACACACCCCUAUAUAGUAGUUUAAUUAAUAAUAAUUUAGGGGUGUCUGGGGAAAAUAUAAUUCAGUUAUAACUCCCGUUUUAAUAUCACAGGGCAUGACAAUCAUUUAUGGAUCAUUCGCAUCAUAUUACUAAUAUUUUGAAGAGAACAGAAAGUGCUGACUACCUGCACAUAUAUCAGUUUUGUCUAAGUUGUUAAGUUUUUUUUCCCAGGACACCCCUUAUAAAUACAAUCUACCUCAAAUUACAUAUGAAUUCCUGCAAUUUUGUCUUAAAACUAGAAGGGAAUCAUUGCAGUGAACAUUCAAGGCAUUCUUUGAGGUCUGAUACAAUUCAUUUACUAUCACUGCUAGGGAUUUUUGUCAAGAACACUUCGCCCUUUAUUUCUGAAUAGAAAGAUUGUAAGAACCUUAUGAUGGAUACUCCAUUGAACUACUUUGUUGUGAGCUGGCACUGUUUGCUCGGCUGGGUUUGUUGCAUUACAUGGUCUUCUCAAAGAACAGAAUUUGUGCCUGAAAGAAUAGCCUUUUUAAUUUUAUGACGCGGGUAUAAUGGAUGUCAUGAAUUAAAGCCAAUGCAAAUAUUAGCCUUUUAUGGAAUUGGUGAAUUGGUGCCAUGAUACUUGAAAACUCAACAACCAUAUAUAUUUUAAGUACUUCUGCAUGGAUUCAAAAAUAAUAUUUCUUUCAGUGUUUGAUUCAUCACUACAGAACCGCAAUAAACUGAAAUAUGUUUGAAGUAUACCUAGGAGUGGUUAAGUCGUAUGUGGUAGCUGCAUCCUAUGCUUCAGAGGCUCUACUGCAGUGGUCUCAAACUCGUUGCCAUUGAGGGCUAUAUGUACGCAGGUUUUCAUUCCACCCAAUAAAUGCUGCCUUAAUUGAGUCCAAUUCCUCAUUCAGCCAUAUGCAUUUAACGAGAUUGAAGCACAUAAUAUAAGCAUGUUUUUAUUUAGACAAUGCAAAUAAUACAUUUCACUUUAUAAUGCAUUAUGUGCAGACCUACAGCCCUAAUUCAGCAAAUAAUUGAACUAAUUAUAUAAUCAAGAUCUGAGGCUGGAAUAAAAACCAGCAUACACACGGCCCUCCAUGGCACUGAGUUUGAGACCACUGCUCUAUUGGAACAAAUAAAUUGUCCUUCAUUGUGAAAUGCUCUGGUGUUUAGAUUACAAGUUUGUGCACACCACAUUGACUGAGUAUUGCCAUAUUUGGUUUUCCUUUUACAACAUAAAUCGUCUUCACGUUCUCAUGUUGCCAUUAAUAUGACAGAAGAAUGUAAAAGACAUGUAGAAUCCCCUUAAAACUACCGUAAUCUGUGUUUUUUUUGUGUGUGUCCACACCAGUAUUUGUAUUGUGUUUGCUCUCGCUUCCAUAUACCAAUGUUUUGUUGUCAGUGGAAAUUUCAAUUUUUAAAAAGUCCAGUCUUUCCAGAGUACCUUAACGCUAAGAAUAAAAAAUGAUUGAAUUCAUGAUUUGUGCAUUUUAUUUAUCUGUAAAUUUUGAUGACUGCAGAUCUAACUUCCCUAUCGAACUAGUAAGUACACAUGUCAAUGUACAGUAAUCACAUGUUUCUGUUUUGACCAAUCAUUGACAUCUUUUCAGCCCCACAGAUACUUGAUUUAACACACUUCAUUUUGUGACAGCCUCAGGUAAUUCCUCUUGUUUAAAGGGGUUUAUGGUGGAUUCAGCCUUUGAAAUGACCUAAAGGAUUGAUGCAAUCAAUUAAAAAAAGAAUAAUAACAAUCCAAAGAAUCAUGUGCUUGCUGAUUUAAAGUAGUAAAUGUAUAGGCUAACCAUACAGGUUCAUUUUUAUUCAGCAUUUUAAGUAGCUUAAGACCAAAACAAGCCGUAUCACUGGUAAAACUAUGGCAAAACUACCAUUAUACCAUGUAUUACUGACAGUAGCAAUCUCAAAAACAUUAUUUAACACUCUGCACCUACACUCUGCAAGCCUGUAUGUAAAAGAAAAUGUUUAGACUUGUAUGUUUCCUGAAGGGUUCUGUAAUUCAGAUAAUUUAGCCAAGUCUACUUAUAGUACACUGCUCUACUCUGCACAUUUCAGCACAUGGUAUAAUUUCAUGAAAAUUGAAUAUAUUGCUUCUGUCUUCAAAAUGAUAUUUUAUGUCCUAUUUUUCUGCAUUCUUUGCUUAUUUCUGUAUCAUUUAAACAGCUAUUUAAAAUAUACACCUUGUAUAUUGGUGAUCAUUCAAAUCUUUCAUUCAUGUAUUCAUUUCAGCAUGUUUUGUUUUUAUUUUCAGUUGCAUGAAUCUGUUUCAUUUUGAUUUUGUGACAUUCAAUGUAUUGUGCACCCGGCAAAGUGUAUCACAGAUUUUUAAAGUAAAGAUUUGUUCAACUUUUCAUUAAACUUCUGGAAAAUGUUUCUUA